CAGCUUGCGUGUUUGUUGCAGAGAGUUGAAGAGAAUGGCCAGAACCAAGCAGACAGCGCGCAAAUCCACCGGAGGAAAAGCUCCUCGCAAGCAGCUGGCGACCAAAGCGGCCCGCAAGAGCGCUCCGGCCACGGGUGGAGUGAAGAAGCCUCAUCGCUACCGGCCCGGCACGGUGGCUCUGCGGGAGAUCCGCCGCUACCAGAAAUCCACCGAGCUGCUGAUCCGCAAACUGCCGUUCCAGCGCCUGGUGCGGGAGUUAGGAACUAUGAACUUUAAUUAAUGUAAACCCACAGCGAGCUAUCGAUGUGAUUCAAUGCCACAGCUGUUGCAGAAGCUUAGACAACAGAAGUGUGUAUCUGGAGGAACGCAGCAGGUCAAGCAACAUCUCAGAAGCAGAAAAGCUGACGUGUCGGGAUAUUGCUGAGCGUGCUGUGUGCAUCUAGCUACACAGCUUGGAUACUCCACCAUCUGCAGUUCCCAUAAUUUCUGUUAGAGAAAUUUGUUGGUUCUGAGAUACACUAAUUCACAUUAAAGACAAAAGGUAA